AUGCACAGUCGACGAUGGAGAGAAAGCUAUGAACGCUUGUUGCCAGAGAACUUGAGGUGCACUCAAACGCCCAUCCGCAAGUCCUUUCACUUCGCCAAUGGUUCCUCUACAGAAGCCAAGGCAGUUGUUUGGAAGAUCCCCAUCUUCAUCAAGGGGUACCAGGGUGAGGUCUACAGUGCGGAGAUUGAGCAGGGUAUGACACCUUUGCUUUUGAGCAUCUCGGCCAUGUCGGCCUUGGACAUGGUCAUACACCUCAAGGAGCAAGUUGUUCAGGUGCGCAAGCUCGACUUGGAAGUCCCUAUGCUGGUCACGAAGUCAAGACACCUGGCGAUUGACAUCGCUUUUGACCCUGAGGCCGCAGUCCAGACUGAAGAACUUCCCUCUACAAGUCGAGAACCUCGCAUUGUCUCUGAGCGUGAAGAUUUGCUUGUUUACUAUGGUGAGGAAGCUCAGAUGACACUCCUUGCUGGACAACCUGGACUACCAGAAUGGCAACCUCCUGAAGGACGAGUUCUACAAGCUUGCACUCAGCAACGGGGCAUCCGCCUUGAUGACCCAACCGGACAGAUGUCCGAGAGAAGAGUUGAGGAGUUGAAGAAUGCAGCCUUUCACAUCCAGGUUGCUGAUGAGAGGAUGUGGGCGGCACUCAAGCGUCACUAUACACUUGCAGAGCAGUUCUGUACGCUUGACUUCAAGACAACCGUGAUCUUCGAGCCCUUCGCUGGUUCCUUUGGCACAACAAGAGUUGCUUCCAGAGACUACGGUUGGACCAACUCCCAACCAAUGGACCUUCGAGACGGCUACGAUUUGCUCUCGACCUCAGGCCGUCGACUGCUGUAUCAAGUGUUGGACGACCACCUUCCCUACUUGGUCCUCAUCGCCUUCGAUUGCCGGAUCUGGAGUUUGUUGACCAACAUGUCUCCCGGUCACCCGUGGGCAAAUUUGAGAGAGACCAUCGGCAAGGUGACCCUCAAGCUCAUUGUCAAGAUUUGCAAGAUCCAACACCGAAGAGGCAGAUACUAUCUCAUUGAGAACCCGGCUGGCAGCUACGCUUGGGUUCAUGAAGGUCUUUUAGCAGAGCUCUUGGAGCAUGCCGGUGGCAAGUUUGUCACUGGUGACCAAUGCCCUUUUGGAUGCAGAGACUCCCAGAGCUUUCGACCUAUCCGGAAACCAACUGGAUGGCUUUGCAACUCCGAGGUGAUCCUCAACCAUGUUGGUCGAAAGUGCACCUGUCGCUGGGGCAGUCACCAGCCCCUAGUUGGUCGGAACCAAGACGGCCUUCGUUCCAAGCAAGCAGCUCAAUAUCCACGGCCUCUGUGCAAGGCCAUUUGCAAUGGAGUUCUCAAGCAGAUGCAGCUUGACUACAAGGUCAUGAUGGCUUCAACCGCUCAACAUGCCUAUGCCCUUGUCGAUGAGGAGGACAUUGAGUACGAGCUCCAAGACAGAGAGAUUGACCUCGGCGACAGUUGGAAGUUGGAGGAGGACAGACUUCUUCGCAUUCACAAUGUGCCGAGGAGAUUGCUUUUUGCGCCGGUGGCUUCAAUGGAUCUACCAGUUCCUUUUGAGACCUUGUUGGAUGAGCGCCAAACCGUCAUGGUCUUCGGAGAUGGUCAAACGGCUUCACACCAGAGUCAUUGGUGGAAGAUCAAGCCAGAGAUGAUGACGGAAGAGUGGACUGGCGAGACCGAGUUCCAAAUCGCUCCUGGAACUUUGACGAGGACUAGACAACUCCAAAGAGGUUUUUGGGAAGAGCUUUCACAACCGGAACCACAAGACCUUUUGAAUGCAGUUCUGGAGCACGUCAUAGCAGAAGAACUACAAGAUUGGUCACGACUUGACCUAGAAAGCGACCUUGGACAACAAUGGGUCGCACAUGAGUCAGCACAAGCAGAGGUCAAACUCAUCCUGACCUCGCAGACCGCCAAGAGGAUGAGAAAGCCUCAGCCUUUUGCUGGACCCUUGGAAGUUCCGCUCCGACGGUCCUACCUCUUGCUCGAGAGUGGCAAGGUCCUCGCAACUUCUUGGGAAGAGUGGCAAAAGAUGGCCCCAGCUUCACAAGUGAGACCUUUAGUUGCCCAGAAGCGUCGCCUCUACUUGGUCCUGUUUGGAAACGAGCUCGGAGAAGGUUUGCAGAUGGAGGUGGAUGACCGCUUCCAAGCCAAGGAGGAGGAACGACUUCGAAAAUGGCAAGCUCUACCACGUGAGCUGAAGCUGGCGGUACGCCGCAUUCAUGUGAAUCUGGGACACGCUGAUGUGCAGACUAUGCUGCGAUGUUUGAGGAUGUCCAAAGCCUCAGAUACAGCUGUCAAGGCCACACGCCUUUUUCGUUGUGAAGAUUGCCCCAGAAUGCAUGAACAUCCCAAAGAACCACGACCUUCCAAAGUUCCUGCAGUGCAUGAUUUCAACGUUCAAAUUGGUUUGGAUGUGUUUUCUGAAAGUGAUGCUCAAGGACACCAAUGGUCUUGGCUGAACAUCCUUUGCCAAGGAACCACCUUUCAGGUUUGUGCCUUGCUGCCCGACACCAACCAGAAUCCAACUGGAGCAUGUUUGCUUGAAGCUUUCAACUCACAUUGGUGCAGCUGGGCAGGUUUUCCUGAGCGUGGCAUUGUUUGCGACCGAGCCAAGUACUUUUUAGCAGAGCUUUCGGAGGAGUUCUCAAACCACGGAUGUCAUUUUUCCACAGCUGCUAAAGCUAGUCCAUGGCAGAUUGGGCAAGUGGAGCGACAUGGAGGACUCUGGAAAACCACGUUCAAGCGACUUGUUUGGGCGCAACAGAUUGCAGGCAGAGAAGAAGUUUUGAUGGCUACAGCAGCUACUACAGCAGCGAAGAACUCGAUGGCCCGCAAGCACGGCUUCUCACCAUCUCAAUGGGUGAUUGGCCGAGAUGUCAGACUUCCUGCAGCCUUGAGCGAUGAUUCAGAGAUUGGACGGCUCAGUGCACAAUCUUUAGCAGAAACUCCUGGUACACGUUUUUACAGACAGAAUGUUAUCAGGAUGCAAGCACGUGAGAGUUUUGCCAGAGCUGCCAAUGAUUCGGCACUUCGCCGAGCUGAACUUCGCAAAGCACGGCCAUCACGAGGCCCUUUCCCUGUUGGCACCUAUGUUUUCUAUUGGGAUUCAGCCGACAAGCGGAGCAGCCCCUGUUUCUGGAGAGGAGUCGCUAGAGUGAUUGGUCAUGAAGGCAGCAGCACAGUUUGGCUAGCACACCGAGGUAUUUUGGUAGCAGUUUCUCCUGAGCAUUUGAGCAGAGCAUAUGAGGAAGAGAUUCAACAGUGGAUCAAUGUGAACCACGAGACCGACCUCAUUGAUGCUGUCCCUGCCGCUGGAGGAACAGGUUUUCUGGAUUUGAGGAAAGCAGCACCGCCUGACUUUUCGAACCUUCCAAAGCUUUCUGCACCAGAGCUACCAGAGCUUCCUGACCUACCCGAAGGUGAGCAAGAGCUUGAUUUGGAGUCAACACCUUCGAUUCCUGAUGACCCGAUGGAGGCACCUCGUGAAGAUGUGCCGCUUCAAGAUGAACCACCUGCUCAAGAACCGAGUUCAGAAGACUUGAGUGCGAGCUCAACUUCCAUGGCUCGCAUGAAAUAUGAGUCAGAAAGAGACGCCAAAAGAGCGAUCAAAAGCAGCGAUUUCUUCAAUCGCAAGGCUGAGGAAAGAAGAAAGCAGAGAGAACAGAAGCUGAAAGAUAUGGGCAUCACCUCCAAGCCCAUGGAAGCAGAAGCAAGAGCAAUUCCAGCAGGCUCAGAUUUCGACCCUGACCUUGACGACUACCACACACGCCCGACACGGCAGUUGAGCCCGGUGGUAGAGUUCGAUGCAGAGGCUGCUGAACGAGAAGCCAAGCGGCUUCGUUUGACUGCAGAAGAAAAGGCGCCUGAGAGCGCUACUUUUGUUGGAGAGCCCCUGCGAGCAUACAUGGUCAUGGAGUCCCAGCACUUUUUGAACACAGAAGCACGCCAACAGUAUUUUUUUGCAUGA